UCAUCUUAAACGCACCUAGGUCAUCAUUUUUGGUUCACAUUCUCAGACCAUAAACCGGUGCCAAAAAAGGACCAUUGCGUAUUAGCCUUGCCACUACGAAUUAGACAAGCCUCUCGCGGACGGAAUAAAACUCGGCCAGUUUCGCUAGAAAGGACUCAUUAUUUCCACAACCAUAGAUGAAACGACUAGUGCAAUAAACGCCGCCAUGACUAGCGUGUUAAAUACAAUGAUUUUUGCAGCUACGAUUCUUGUGACAAUAUUAAGAGGGACAGAGAGUUUCCCUGUCAGUCGGAGCAGAUCGACUGUUCAUGAAUCUCGUCACAUCAAAAUGGGCAAAGGUGUUGAUCGUCCAUUAUUGGCUGAAAGCCAUCGACCUGCCGGAUACGAUGACAAGGCAAAGAGCCUUGCCCGAGAUGGAAUCCGCCAGUUUCCAUUACGUGAUGACUUCAUUCCUUCCGAAGUGGAGGCAAUCAUCAGCAUUCAAGUCACCAAACAGGAUAUUCAAAACCCAGCCAACACCAUGUUAAUCAUCGAGCAAGACAAUAAUGUCGUUGACUCAUUGGAACCUAAUAACGGACGACCGAAUCACGCGCUCGGUCGUCUUCCAACGGAUGGAUUCAUUCAGCCAGAACAUUGGCUGCUUGUUAAGGACUUCGUCAUGGACGAUUAUUUGUUUGGAGAAUUGGACGCGUCCACGAGAGAAUUUUUCUUGCAACGGAUAUUAAGUGGUUUGAUUUUGAGUCAGCAGACAAGGUGAAUACAAUUAGCUGUCAUCUAUUUAUUAGACUGCAUCGUGUGGAGUGUUGGGCGUCCUCCCGUCCGAACCAAUCAUCACACUACGUGACCGUGAAUUUGAUUAUGUACAAACGUAUUUAUUCGCUUGUCUGUACAGCAAUAAUAUAUCAAGUGAAAUACAACAAAAUGUUUCUUGUCA